GGUACAUAGGGACGUUCAAAUCACAAGGUCGUUUUCAGGGUCACGCAUAUGACUUCAUUUUCACUAAUAUAUCUUGGUUGGGGUUUCUGUGUAUAAAAAAAGUUUUCGCCAGCUGAAAAUUGCUUGUUUCUAGUCAGAUCGCAUGCUGAAGUACAACCAUCACUGCAUGAUUAAUGUUACGUAAAUGGUGUUGGUUUGUCGUAUGGCUUUCAUGCUCAGUACAUGUUUCAUUAUGUGAAUAUUGCUCCGGACGUCUAGUGGAUUUAAGGAGAUCGAACACUCUAUCCUCGUUAACCAAUUGUUCAAGCAUUCAAGGAACAUUAACUAUACGAAAUCUUGAUGAUUCCUGCUGUCUCAACAGCCAUUGUAAUCUAUCGAAUGUUGUCGAAAUAACUGGUUCUUUGAUAAUCGAAAACGGUAACUGUUCUGGAGAUUUGUCGAAAUUUUUGCCAAAUCUUUCUAUUAUACGAAAUCAAAUAACUUCAUCGGCUGAUCUUAACGAACAUAACCAAAUCUCCAGCUACAGUUUGAUUAUAAGGCAUACAAAGUUGAAAGGUGUAGGUCUAUGGAAACUGAAAACAUUGAACUCUAAUGGUGUUGCACUCAUUGAUAACCCUAUGAUGUGUUUUGUUGAUACUGUUAACUGGAAUGCCUUAACAACCAAUUUAAAUUCUGUAUCUACUAAGUCAUAUCGUUCCGCUAGAGAACAAAUAGUGCGGUUCAAUUUAGGUGAAUUUUGUCCCGAUCAAUGUUCAGCAAGUUGUCUAUCUUUUUAUCGAAAUGAUUCUUCUCGCUUCUCGUGCUGGUCUACAAACUCAUGUCAAGCAAAGUGCGACCCUGUUUGUACAGAUAAUGGAUUAGCAUGUCAUGUAGAUAAUCCACAAAAGUGUUGUGAUUCAGAAUGUUCUGGAGGUUGUUCCGGUCCAUCGCCCAAUGAAUGCUUAAGUUGUAAACAUGUUAAAUUAAAUGAACUUUGUUUAAAUCAUUGCCCUCCAUCAUAUUAUUUAUUAAAUAAUCUCUACUGUAUAACGCGAGAGGAAUGUAUUAAUCGUCAAGAAAUAGUAGAAGGUGUAAAUGGUAAAUACUUGGCGAACUAUUCGACUUUUAAUUCUACAUGUAUACCGACUUGUCCCUUGGAAUAUGUGCGUCUAGUAUCUGGUGAAUGUCAAUUUUGUCCUGAGUCAAAAUGUAUUAAACGAGCUUGUGGUGAUAUAAAUGUCUAUAAAGUAUCCGAUCUUAAGCAAGUACGAGGUUGUGUUACAGCUCAGUCAAUCCUUAUAAGUAUUCGUGAUUGUGAAGAUGGCGAUACUUCAAAAUUUAUGGAUGCAUUCUCAGAUCUGGAAGAAAUCUAUACUAGUCUACAUGUAAUCAGUUCUGAUUCUUUGCAGUCAUUAACAUUUCUUCGGUCUUUACGAAUCAUACAUGGAUUAAAGCGUGAUGGAAGUGUUCCUAACGGUCCAACUAAAACUGUCUUAGAAAUUGCUUGGAAUAGUCAACUGAAAAGUUUAUGGAUUCCAGUUACUACAAAUUUAAUUAUUAAACGCGGACGAGUAGUGUUUACUUUAAAUCGUAAUUUAUGUCCAAAAAAUGUAAAAACAUUUAUUCACUCUAAUGUUAACUUGUCACGUAAUUUAUCGAAUUUGGAGUCUGAUUUAAUUGACAAAUCAAAUGGGGCUAUUGGAUUGUGUCGAACUCAUAGACUUAAUUUGUCUAUAAAUUAUGUUCAUCAACGUUCUGUAUCAUUUACUAUUACCAAUACCCCAGCUUGGAAUGACUUUCGUCAAGUGCUGCCUACAACUGUUUACUAUAGAUAUAUUGGACUGGAUGAACCGGAAUCAAACAUUGAAACAAUCUGUGAUAAAUCUUGGCAUAUACAUGAACCCAAAUGUCAAAAAAUAAUAGAACCUACGAGAAAUUCGUAUUUAAUUCAUGAAAUACAACCUAACAGUUUAAAACUUCAAUGUGAAGUAAAUUAUUUGAAUCCGGCACAACGUUAUCAAGCCUAUGUUGAAAUACGUACAAUGUUUAAUUCAGAGGGAGCAGUUAGUCAAGUAUUUACCUUUCAAACAAAACAAGACAAACCUAGCAGUCCAAUUGAUUUUCAUGCUUUUUCAUUAAAUUCAAAUAAAAUACAAUUGUAUUGGAAUGCUCCAGAUAAUCCAAACGGUCAAAUUGUAGAAUAUUAUCUUUGGUAUAGACGUUUAUUUGUAAAUAUUUCAUCCUUUGAUAAUGAUAUUUCUUGUACAGAUGGUCGUUCAUCUCACUUAAUCGGUUCAUCAACUACUACACAUGGAAACAUUGUACAAAAUAAUCAAAAUUCAAAUUCACAUGAAGGUGUUUCUAAAACUAUCAAAGGAAUAUGUUCAUGCACUAGUUGUGCUGCAUUUUGUUUUAAUCCAUCAGUGCAUCUGUCGAAUACGGAUAAGGAUAGAAAUACACGUCAAAGUAGCAUAUUUAAUAGAAAAAUUGAUAUAACUGAUCAUUAUAAUGGGGAUUAUGAGAAAACAACGAGAGUUGAACGCCUUGAUAUGAUUCGUUUUGAAGAUUCUUUGCAAAAUUUACUAUUAUUUCCGAGAAUAAAAUCACCUGUAAAAAUUCGUGGAAAAAGAAGAAUAAGAAUUGAUGAUUUUAAUUCUUUGCACUUCAGUAAAUUGGAACAGCGUGAUUACGAUCAUUAUCCACUUAAAUGGGAUGGUCAUUUACGAAUCAGUGCCAAUUCAAGUACUGUUGAGAAUACUGAAUCAAUUAACAGUAAUAUCAUAGGUGUAUCUGUUGAUGGAUUGCAUCAUUAUACAGAAUAUUUAUUUGUUAUAUCAGCAUGUCAUUCACCGCAUGAUACCAAUGGGGAACCAUUGAAUACAAAUAAUUUAACUUAUUUCAAUGAAAAUAAUUACAAUGUUAUUGUGGAAAUGCCAUGGUGCAGUACUCGAAGUAUUAUUCAACAACGUACAGAUGCUUCUGUUGGUGUAGAUGAUAUUGAUUCUAAUUCCAUUCAGUUAAUUGAUGAAAAUCUUAUUACAGAUAUUAAUAAUAAUUGUCUAUCAUCUGAAUCAUUAUUAUCAUCAUCAAUGAAACAAGAAUCAAAUCUAUGUAAUCAAAUGUUUAAUUUCACUUUUGUCAAUAAUUCACAAUUUAAUCAUAUUAAAAUAGGAAAAUUAUCUUCUUCUUCUACUCCUGCUAAAAUAUCAGUUAAACAAUUAAGAUGGAGGCCUCCAAUACAACCUAAUGGUUUAACAUUGCAUUAUUGGAUUCGAUAUAGACGUUUAGAUGGAGAAUCGAUAUCUAAUAAGCCAUCAUCAAUUUUAUCCAACGAUGACAAUCAUGAAGAACGAACUUGGUCUUUAAUAUGUUUAAAUGCCAUUAACCUACCUAUUAUAACAAAUCAAAAUACUGUGACUGAUCGUUAUGUUUCUGUGCAAUUAUAUGAUCUGCGUUCCGGUGUUUAUGAAUUUCAAAUUAUGAGUGUUUCUUUAGCUGGAAAUGGUUCAUGGACUUCUGUUAAACGUUUCGAAGUGUUCGACACUAGUGUACAUUCCACUUGGGAUUUCUUAGAAAAACAUUACUACAUUUUGGUCAUUUGUUUUAUAUUCAAUAUCAUUCUUCUGAGUUUGGCAGCAGUAUGUAUUCAACGGAGAAUCGCACGGAAACGACUGCAAAACAAACCAUGGAGAGAUGAAGAAUGGGAAUUAGCAAAUGCUGGUAUUUCCAAUGAAUGGAUAAUUCCCAUGAAUGAUUUAAUAAUAGACACUGAUACACGAUUGGGUCGAGGUUCAUUUGGUAUGGUAUACAAAGGAUGUAUAUUACGUCUAUCUACUCCAGCUAGUCAACAAUUAUCUAUGAUUGAUUCAAAUGGGAUUGUUAGAGAAUCCACUACAAAUUCGAAAUGCUUUGCUUCAGGAGGAGGAUCUAUCGGUUUAGAAGUAGCUGUAAAAACUUUGUUCCCUGCUUCAACUAUGGAUGAUAUACGUGAGUUCUACAACGAGGCGUCAUUUAUGAAACAGCUUAAUUGCAAGUAUAUUGUACAAUUUUUGGGAAUCUCAUUAAGACAACCAUCAACUCAUCCUGUUAUAAUCAUGGAAUAUAUGGCUUUUGGAGAUUUAGCUACAUAUUUACGUCAACAAAUGUCGAAAGAUGAUUGUCCACAAGGAUCAAUCGAUAUUCAACUUGCAAUUAAUUGGGCUAUACAAUUAGCUACUGGUAUGAAUUAUUUAACCGAAUUACAUAUUAUACAUCGUGAUUUAGCUGCACGAAAUUGUUUAGUCAAUUCUAUGUUAACUGUGAAAAUUGCAGAUUUUGGUUUAGCUCGUCUUGUAAAUAAUCAAGAAUAUUAUAGAAAAAUUGGACAAGCCCGUUUACCUGUACGUUGGAUGGCACCAGAAACUUUAUCAUCUGCAUACUUUACUACUAAAUCUGAUGUUUGGUCAUAUGGUGUUGUAUUAUGGGAAAUAGCUACAUUUGCCUCUUUACCAUAUCCCGGUUUAUCACAUGAAGAAGUUAUGAAAUUCGUAUGCGAAGGUGGACAUUUAAAUCUACCGGAAUUUACAACAAAAUUACCUGUUAUUUUGUUAACACUUAUGAAUAUGUGUUGGGAAUUCGAACCAAUUAAGAGACCGACAUUUAAUGAAAUUUUAUCCAGAUUGAAAUCAUUCACAUCUUUUACCGAAUAGAUUUGAUGAUAUUUAAAUAUUACUUAAAUCCCUACUAUAUUUUAUGUAAUGAUAAUUCUAAAGCUUUUUUUAAAUAGUCACCAUUUUUACAAUGUAAAUAUUACUUUUGCAUUCAUUCAAUGAAGGAUCCACUCAAUUC